AGGGAGAGAAGAGCUAGCGAGUUGAGGGAUUGACACAAAUGGUCAGGCGGCGGCGGCGGAGAAGGAGGCGGAGGCGUAGGGGGGAGCCGAGGCCGCUGGUCUGCCGAGAGUUGCGCGCCCUGCCCGGCCGUGGCCACUAGCGCGGCGCCUCGGGUCGGGAGCCGACGAGCCGAGGGCCAGGAAGGGGAGACGCGAGCCCGGCGUGCCCGAGCCGCCCCGGUUCUCCCCGCCGCCAGCGCUUCAUGAAUCGCAAGUUUCCGCGGCGGCGGCGGCUGCGGGACGCGGAGCGGGAGCCCGGGGAGCGGGCCGAGAGCGGCUGCGGCUCGACGGAGGACCCCGGCGCGGAGGAGACCUCCCUGGCCGCCCGGGAAGCCGCCCCCGGCCGCGCCACCGCCUGCCCCCGCCGAGCGGCGCCGAGAAAGGAACCGAGAAAGUAUGGCUGAGGUGGAGGCGCCUAAGAAGUCCCGGGCCGUCGGCUGCGGCGCGAGCUGGGAACUUUGUGUCGGGGCGCUCCUGGCUGGGCUGGUGGCGGAGGGGGCCGGGGAGGCUGGCAGUCGCCGCCGCCGCCCCCCGACUGACCCCGGGCGCUUGGCGCGCUGGCUGCUGCUGCUGCUUUGGCUGCUGGAGGCUCCGCUGCUGCUGGGGGUCCGGGCGCAGGCGGCGGGCCAGGGGCCGGGACCCGGGCAGCAACCCCCGCCACCGCCGCCGCCGCCGCAGCAGCAACAGAGCGGGCAGCAGUACAACGGCGAGCGGGGCAUCUCCAUUCCGGACCACGGCUACUGCCAGCCCAUCUCCAUCCCGCUGUGCACGGACAUCGCCUACAACCAGACCAUCAUGCCCAACCUGCUGGGCCACACGAAUCAGGAGGACGCGGGCCUUGAGGUUCACCAGUUCUACCCGCUGGUGAAAGUGCAGUGUUCUGCCGAGCUCAAGUUCUUCUUGUGCUCCAUGUACGCGCCCGUGUGCACCGUGCUGGAGCAGGCGCUGCCGCCCUGCCGCUCCCUGUGCGAGCGCGCGCGCCAGGGCUGCGAGGCGCUCAUGAACAAGUUCGGCUUCCAGUGGCCCGACACGCUCAAGUGCGAGAAGUUCCCGGUGCACGGCGCCGGCGAGCUGUGCGUGGGCCAGAACACUUCGGACAAGGGCACCCCGACGCCCUCGCUGCUGCCGGAAUUCUGGACCAGCAACCCCCAGCACGGCGGCGGGGGAUCCCGCGGCGGCGGCGGCUCGGGGGGCGUUGGCGGGCCUGAGCGCGGCAAGUUCUCUUGCCCGCGCGCCCUCAAGGUGCCCUCUUACCUCAACUACCACUUCCUGGGGGAAAAGGACUGCGGGGCGCCCUGUGAGCCGACCAAGGUGUACGGGCUCAUGUACUUCGGGCCGGAGGAACUGCGCUUCUCGCGCACUUGGAUCGGCAUCUGGUCAGUGCUGUGCUGCGCCUCCACGCUCUUCACCGUGCUCACCUACCUGGUGGACAUGCGGCGCUUCAGCUAUCCGGAGCGGCCCAUCAUCUUCCUGUCCGGCUGCUACACCGCGGUGGCCGUGGCCUACAUCGCAGGCUUCCUGCUGGAGGACCGAGUGGUGUGUAAUGACAAGUUCUCCGAGGACGGGGCGCGCACAGUGGCUCAGGGCACCAAGAAGGAGGGGUGUACCAUCCUCUUCAUGAUGCUCUACUUCUUCAGCAUGGCCAGCUCCAUCUGGUGGGUGAUCCUGUCGCUCACCUGGUUCCUGGCGGCCGGCAUGAAGUGGGGUCACGAAGCCAUUGAGGCUAACUCUCAGUAUUUCCACCUGGCCGCCUGGGCCGUGCCGGCCAUCAAGACCAUCACCAUCCUGGCCCUGGGCCAGGUGGACGGAGACGUGCUGAGCGGGGUGUGCUUCGUGGGGCUCAACAACGUGGACGCCCUGCGCGGCUUCGUGCUGGCUCCCCUCUUCGUGUACCUGUUCAUCGGAACAUCUUUCUUGCUGGCCGGCUUUGUGUCCCUCUUCCGCAUUCGCACUAUUAUGAAGCACGAUGGCACCAAGACCGAGAAGCUAGAGAAGCUCAUGGUGCGUAUUGGUGUCUUCAGCGUGCUUUACACGGUGCCAGCCACCAUCGUCAUCGCCUGCUACUUCUAUGAGCAGGCCUUCCGGGACCAGUGGGAGCGCAGCUGGGUGGCCCAGAGCUGCAAGAGCUAUGCCAUCCCCUGUCCCCACCUCCAGGCCGGUGGAGGCACCCCACCUCACCCGCCCAUGAGUCCCGAUUUCACAGUCUUCAUGAUCAAGUACCUUAUGACGCUGAUUGUGGGUAUCACGUCAGGCUUCUGGAUCUGGUCCGGCAAGACCCUUAACUCCUGGAGGAAGUUCUACACCAGGCUCACCAACAGCAAACAGGGGGAGACCACCGUCUGAGUCCCUGGGUCUCAGCCCAUUCCCAACCCUCAGCCGUGACCAGACACCCCUCGCCCCCCCACCCCCCACCACCACAGAAGCUACCCCUAUGGAAUCCAUAACAAGUCUGGCUACUCCAGGCUCCCUCACUAGACACUCAGUUUCGGAGGCCCAGUUUAACAACACAGCUCCUGCCAGAGCUUCCAUCCCUGGGGGCAAAGGAAACCAGAGGGACCAACUGGCAGAGGUGGGGGUGGGGGAGAGGGCGAGAGCAGACCUCUAACUAACUCUUACACUCCUGUACCAGGGCUGUAUGCUUUUAUUAUUGUAAAUAGCCUGUGUAAGAUUUUUGUAAGUAUAUUUGUAUUUAAAUGACUGAUCACGAGUUUUGUCUUUUACUUUACUUAUUUUUUAAGUUUUAAUGAUGAGGGCAGUUUAUCCAUCUGAGGCUUUUACUUCUUGCCCUUUUUGGAGAACUGCAGCGAUAAAACCAGAGCGCAACAGCUGGGUGCGCCCCUUCCGGUAUGUUGCUCCCCCGCCGCGGGUGGGGUGCUUCUGAGACAGUGCAGCCUGUCUCCUCCCGACUCCUCUUUAUGCCCUCUCCCUCCCCUUCCUUGCUUGGGGUCCUGGCUUUUAAGGUACCAAACUCCACAAAGCUUCCAGAUUCAGGAGUGAAUCUUCACCCAUUCCAAUUCUGCCUUUGUCCGGGGAAGGCGCGUUGUCGCUUUGGCUUCCCGAAACUGAAUAGUUCAGAAUAGUUCACCGUGGGGAACCUCUCCCCCAACUUCAAAGAGGCGCAGGGGCGUGGGCGAUAACAGCCCCAGCUUUCCUCCCCUACGAUGCCCAGCCACUCCCUCCUCCCACCUAAGCUGGUUAGAGGGUGGGUGGGAUAAUCGAUGCCAAACUUUUAAGUUCAAUUUUUGGUGAAUGAGCUCAUUUCAUUCUCUAGUGUCUAAAACCUGCUUUGGGUUUGGCCAGCGUCAUGGAAAGAUGUGGUUACUGAGAUUUGGGAAGAAGCAUGCAGCUUUGUGUGGGUUGGGAGAGACCGAAGAUGGGGUUAUAAUAUGUUCAUUCUAAUUGCAUACUGAUACCUGGCAAUCUGCCUCUAGCACUGAGGCGCCUGCCUUUAGGUUUACCAUUCUGUAACACGGAAAUGCUGAGGCAACCUAGAAAGGUUUGUGAAAGGAUUGAUGUUUGCGUUCCUUUAUAGGACAGCAGAGCAUAAACUAAAUAUGAAAACUUGAAGAUUUCAGUGUAAUGGACUUACUCAAAAUGAAGUGCUACUUUCUUAUUUUUAAUCAAGUAAUAACAAACAUAUAUCAGAAAGUCUUAAGAGGUAAAAGUUGUACACUUUGAAUAUAUCAUGAUUAUUAUUGAGCAACACAUUCUGAGGGAGGAACAAUUCACAUCACUAAUAAUAACCUGGUAAGAUUCCAGGAGGUUAAGGGGGUGGAAUAUUUGAUGGGAUUAAGUCCUGAAAUAAACAAAAUACAGACUUGCAUGUUAAAGGGAAAAUGUGUGCAGGUCCACUGCAUUAAAUCCUUUUUGGAUUUACAGAAACGUGUCAAAUGUAAAUCUUUUGAAGCCAUUUAAAAUACUCACUUUAGUUCUCUGUGAAAAAAAAAAGGAGAAAAGCAAUCCUCCUGAUUGUAUUAUUUUAAACUUUUAAGAGUUUACCAAAAUACCGGUACUUAGGACCUAAAUUUAUAAAUGUCUGUCACACCCUAAAAUGACAAUGGUCUUUGAAUUUGGUAUGCAUUUCUUCUGUUCACUGUCACAAAAUCAUCUAUAUUUAUAGAGGAAUAGAAAUUUAUAUAUAUAUAUUACCAUAUUUUUAAUUUCGCAAAUAAAAAAUCAAAGUUUUGUACAAAA